GCUGAAUACUGCAAAUUUUCGAGCGUCUGCAGCGUUUAUUUUUAUUGCCGAUGAAAUUGUAAUUAGGCUGCAAAUAGUUUGUGCUGCAAGAAACAAGUGAAUUUAGUAUACAGCACUCAGUGAUUUGCAGAUAGGGAUGUUUUUUGUAUCUGCCAAGGAUUGCUAAAGAGUUGUGGCAGUGGCUGAGAUUGAAAAGAUUGCCGCUCAAAAACUGGCGCAAUUGAAAUCGAGGUUAUGUUGUUGGACGCUACAGAGUAGGUAAUUUGUGUUUCGAGAUGGUACAGCAUAAAAGCCAAACGCUGAUCCGCAUCGUGAGUGUGGAUCACUACAUGAGCAAACCGGAUCCACAGUUCGAUGCGUGCUAUUCGGAAUUCCGCGGCUCGGACAUUAAGCAAGUGCCGGUCAUUCGAUUGUUUGGCUCGACCUCCGAAGGGACGCAUAGCUGCGUCCACAUCCAUGGGGUGUUUCCAUACUUUUACAUCCCUUACGAUGGUUCCAUUGCCGACAAGCUGGCACUGGACCAGAAGAUCUAUCAACUGGCUUGCGCUCUGGAUAAAGGUAUAAACGUUUCGCUCGGCCGCUCGUCGUCCCAGGCGAAGCACAUCUUCAAGAUAGUGUUGGUGAAAGGAAUUCCGAUCUACGGUUACCAUCGCAACCCGCACCACUAUUUCAAGAUCUACAUGUACAAUCCGUAUCUAGUACGAAAUGCUACCCAGCUGUUGAUGAACGGAACCAUCCUUUCGGGAACGUAUCAAGUUCACGAAACGCACAUACCGUACAUUCUGCAGUUCUUCAUUGACUACAAUCUUUACGGGAUGAGUUUUUUGGAGCUGAACACGACCGGACUGCGGCAGCGAACAAAUGAUGCCGAUAGCGAUAGCAAUAUCCCACCGAAAAUGUCCACAUCCGAGUACGAGAUAGACGUGCUUGCAUCGGACAUCCUGAAUCGAGAGCCUGAGGACAAGGCCAAGGACAACGGCGAAUUUGCUAACCCAGGCAUAGCUUCCAUCUGGAAGGACGAACAAACGCGAAGACAUUUGCUCGGUUUGGAGCAACCGGAGCGCAUGAAUCUUUCGCAGGACAGUGGUCCAGAGCAGGAAGUAGUCACUGAAAGCGAUCGAUUCUACCGGGUGCGACUGCUGGCAAAGCUGUCGAAAGACCACACUUCCAGCUUAUCGAUGGAGAAUCAACGAAAGCAACCUACCUCAGCCUAUCCGUCAGAGGCAAGCGAAGGCGAAAUGCUGUUGGAUGCAUCGCACAUUGAGAAUCAUGCACGCCCUAGCGCUGGACACAGCAACGAGAGUUUGUACGAUUCGCAAAUAAGUUAUCAUUUUGAUGCAUCGAUGGUGGUGGUGGAUGAGGAGAAAAUCAUAUCCAUGUCACAAAAUCCAGAUGCAACUCUCGGAGAGGAGGAUUACAAUUUGCUGGAAAUAAUGCGGAACCUGGAAGACCAGGAAGCUAAUAACGUUGAGAGCGACUGUCUGUUGGCACCGAUGACCCAGCAGUCGGGCGAAAGUAAUCGCAGCAUCAUUCAAGCCAACUUGAAUUUGUCACAAGCCAACAAAAAGCUAAACGCUUCCAUGUACGGAGAUCUGGAGGCGGUUUGUCUGAUGUCCGACCAAACAGAACGGCGUACGCUCGAUCCGGACGAUGUUACCUUUGAUUCGGACGAUGAAUUUUUGCUCGACUUUUCUCAAAAGCAAUCCUGUGCUGGAAGCAGUGAACUAAUGGCUGAGGUGAACAAAUUCUUCAGUGAUAGCGAUGGUGACCUCCUGUCCGGUGGUCUCAUCCCACAACUGGACGGUAACGACGACUCCUUCAAAUCGACCACAUCAAAGCGAACUAGACCGGCGGCUAGGAAGGAUUCGCCAUCGACAAAUAGCUCAUCGGCUAAAAAGAUCCGCAUUGAUUUAACUCAACCUGUGGCGCGCAAAUCUUUAACGCCACGCCGAGUAACGUUCGCGCUAUCCCCGGAGGAGAAAAACGAUGAGCGCACCAAGCGUGCUCUGAAGGCAUUUGAAGAAUCGUCACCGAACACACUGAAGCCAUUUGAAAUAAGGAUUCCAAAAUUGGGGCUGAUCAAGAAAUCUAUUCUGUUCACCAGCCGGAAUCGUAGCUCACCGAAGUCUGACACCACUGAUGAAUCUCACAAAACGAUUAAAAAUCUGCACGUGUGCAUAACAAAGUUGGAUCCUGCCGCUUACGAUGUAAGCCAGUCAUCGACUUCAUCGGGUGAUCGAUACGAACAGGCUCGAACGUACGAUCUGCUGCACAACUACGAUCCGCUGGAGGGCCCGUCGACACCGAAAUCAGAGCGUGUGCGAAGAAAGAACUCAACCUCCAACAAGAAAGGACAACCCAAGCCGAAGAUGAUGAAGCUGGACGAGGAGCAGCAGAUUGAGCUGAUUCUUUCGGAAAGGUUUAAGAACAUCGUACGCCUUUCUCCAAAGGUGUUGAUAAAACCAUUGCUCCUGAACGAAAAACCCGCAGUCAAUAGUGAACUUUCACUGGACGCGUAUUCAUCGCCACGUAAGAUGCACCCUGCAGAUGAUGCUCUGCAAAAUGACAAAGUUGAUGUUGCAGGAUGCAAUGAUGCUCCUGCCGAAGAAUCUCAGUCUCGAACGUCUGAUGCGGUCGCCGCGUCUACUCUAUCAACCGAACCGGUAGAGAAAGCUGUACCAGCAACUGAUUCAGAGUCAAGCUCGGAUUCGGUUAUAAAACCAACCCAAGAGCAAACGGUGGAAAGCGAUGGAAUGGAUGUUGAAUUUUCGUUGCCUACCAACAGCGAUCAUUGUGACACGGACUGCGAAAUCAUCAGCACUUCGAAUGCGCAGAACAUUCUCAAUUCAGCGAAAGACAAAACCACGGACCUUGACCCAAUCGUCUCGAUUCCGGAUGAGGAUUGCGACGAUAUACAGAUGAUCACGCCAAGUCUACUGGAAGAGACCGCCAUCGCGAAUCUGUUCGAGGAUAACGAUGGUGCUUUGCGAGCAACGAUCGAUCUUUCCGAUGACGAGAGCGAGACACAAGCUAAGCCGGCUGUGAAUAUUAGCAUACAACUGGAUGGAGUUGACGAGCUGAUGGACGAAGGCACGGACGCGCAACGGCAACCUGAAGCAAGGGACGAUCCCGUCGAAGUCGAAGAGUCGGAAGAGGAUAACCCAAACAUACAAAGCUUCUGCGAACGAACGCUUGUGUGUGAGCUGGACGACAUAAAUUCCGAAUCCGACGAUAGCUGCCUUGGUGGAGCGUCAAACAAAGAAGAUGCGGAACAGGACAAUCAGCCCAUCACGAUAUCGUUGGCUGCGCCGGCACCAACGCGUGAGGAUGCACAACGGGCAAUAGAUAAGUUCGAAAUUCCUGCCACCAUCAAUCCGACACCGUUCUAUAGCGACCCGGCCGAUGUAACGGGCCGGAAAGAAGUGGGGCAUACGGUUUUAAACAUUGCGGGAAACAGUUUGAACGAUGUGGAAGAAUUUUCCAGUACAAUUGUGGGACUCCGAUCGCUCAAGCAUUUGCGAUACGAAAACCUGCAGUGCACGUUCGGGGAAGGCAUAAACGACGUGAUAGGGCCGAUCGGGCCAAAUGGUCCAAAUUCCGACCGCAUGAAGGAGUUGCUAGCAUCGGAAGGGUCUGUCAGAAUUAGCCCGGCGGAACUUCCGCCUAAUCGAAGCGAAGCGAUCGCUUGGAUCGACGUCAGAUGUCGACAGCGACAGGACGUUGAGCCGGUCGCAGCUAUUGAAUCGGACAGUCCCAUAAAGGUGAAGGCGGCGGAAACGAUCAUGGCACUAGACGAUGAUGGCGAAGCACAACCGACCAGCCUAACAACCGCAAAGAUUGACCUUGAAUCUUCGCUCAAUCUUAGUGUUUUGGUUGGCCACACCCAAGUAACCAGUAACGGAGCAGAUGUGGCAUCAAAACCUGUUUCGCAAACCAUGACGAAAAGCGCUUUAAACGCACCGAGUGGCACCACAAAUGGUGCCAAGGUCAUGGAAGCGGAUGGCAUGAGCUCCCGAGCAAAUAAACCCCCAACCUUGGAAGACGAUGUCGCACUUUCCCAGGAGGAACAAGUACAACUAGGCCAAGAAGAUCGAGGCUCCUCGCCCAGAAUAGUAGCGUCGGAUCAAUCGGACUUGAUCGAACAAAGCAAUGCGGACAUCUCAACGGCCACCCCGAUCGACAACACGUUCGGGUACAAAGUGGGGUCCGAAAACUUGCAGGACGCCAAAGCCAAGUGUGAGUUCAACUAUCUGACAAUAAUGUCGCUCGAAGUGCACGUGAAUACCCGUGGCGAUUUGCGGCCCAAUCCGAGCACGGACCCUAUUGCGGCCAUUUUCUACCGCAUCCAUAAUGACGUUCCAUCGGACCAUCCGAAGGCAUCGUCCGUUUGUGGGAUCAUACUGAAUCGUGACCAGGCACAGGUCGCAGAGAGUGUAGCGCAUGAAGCUGCCGGCGGUAAGAUGUGCUUCAAGUACAACCAAUCGUCAAACGUAGCGGACGUCGUGACGGUGUCCGGAGAGCUGGAACUUUACGAAAAGUUUCUGCUGCUCAUUUCCUUCUGGGAUCCGGACAUAUUUACGGGGUACGAAAUCGAAAGCGUGUCCUGGGGCUACGUAAUCGAGCGUGGCUACGCGCUAGAAAUGAAUCUAAUGAAACAGCUUUCUCGCGUCCCAUCCGUGGACAAGGUGCAAGUGACGGAGGAGGAACAGCGGGAACUGUUGGAGAUGCAUGACUACAGUGCGGGGCUGAAAAUUCCGGGCCGCAUCCUACUGGACAUUUGGCGUCUGAUGCGGCACGAGAUCGCUCUUACGUCGUACACGUUCGAAAACGUCGUGUACCACGUGCUGCACCGGCGUGUUCCGAACCAUUCCUACAGACAGUUGACCCGCCUGUGGAACAAAUCGUACAGCCGCUGGGUAGUGCUAGAGUACUAUCUGGAGCGUGUGAAUGGAAACUUUGAGAUUCUGCACCAGCUCGAUCUGAUUGGCCGAACGGCAGAGCUGGCCAAACUGUUUGGCAUACAGUUCUACGAAGUGUUGUCCCGUGGAUCACAGUUUCGAGUGGAAAGUAUGAUGUUGCGCAUCGCCAAACCGAAAAACUUUGUGUCCGUUUCGCCCAGCAUCCAGCAACGGGCGCAUAUGCGUGCACCGGAGUACUUGCCACUGAUCCUGGAACCGAACUCUCGCUUCUACGCCGAUCCGAUAAUUGUGCUGGACUUUCAGAGUUUGUAUCCGAGCAUUAUCAUUGGCUACAACUACUGUUUCUCCACGUGUUUGGGGCGUAUCGAGCACCUGGGAGAGGACACUACGUCGUUCGAGUUCGGUGCAUCGCAUCUGCGCGUUCCACCAAAGAUGCUGAAGGCGCUGCUGGACAAGAAUCUGAUCACAUUUUCUCCCUGCGGCAUAGCGUUCGUAAAGAAGCGCGUGCGGGAGGGAGUGCUACCGCGCAUGUUGAGCGAGAUCCUCAACACUCGCCUGAUGGUGAAGAAAUCGAUGAAGCUUCACAAGGACAACACCACCCUGCAGCGUGUGCUCCAUUCGCGUCAGCUCGGGUUGAAGUUGAUCGCGAACGUGACGUACGGCUACACGGCGGCCAAUUUUAGUGGACGCAUGCCGUGCGUUGAGAUUGGCGACAGCGUCGUGGCAAAGGGACGAGAAACGCUCGAACGAGCGAUCAAGCUAGUCGAGUCAACGGAACGUUGGGGAGCCAAGGUGGUGUACGGCGAUACGGACUCGCUGUUUGUGCUCUGUCCGGGGCGAAGCAAGGCGGAUGCGUUCAAAAUAGGCGCCGAGAUUGCUGAAGCUGUUACUAAAGAAAAUCCAGCGCCGGUCAAGCUAAAGCUGGAGAAAGUCUACCAGCCAGCGAUACUGCAGACGAAGAAACGGUACGUGGGAUACAUGUACGAAUCGGCAGAUCAAGAGACACCGGUGUACGAAGCGAAAGGCAUCGAGACGGUCCGCCGAGAUGGAUGUCCUGUGGUGGCAAAGAUGCUCGAGAAGGUGUUGCGCAUACUGUUCGAAACUUGCGACGUGUCGAAGGUGCGGCAGUACACUUGUCGACAGUUUACGAAAAUUCUCGAGGGACGCGUCAACCUGCAGGACUUCAUAUUUGCGAAGGAGUUUCGGGGCGAGAGCGGUUACAAACCGGGGGCAUGUGUACCGGCCUUGGAGCUGAUGAGAAAGUGGAAGCUAACCGAUCCGCGCCGUGAACCUCGCCAUGGACAGCGAGUUCCGUACGUGAUAGUGAGUGGUCCACCGCUUGUUCCCCUCAUUCGUCUGGUGCGAAGUCCCGACGAACUGCUCGCGAACGAAGGUCUCAAAAUUAAUGCUAAUUACUACAUUACGAAGGCUAUUAUUCCACCGCUCAAUCGGUGUCUUCUGCUAAUCGGCGCGGAUGUUAACCAGUGGUACAACGAGCUGCCCCGCAAGACCCUUAUGUUACACAAUACCGGUGGUGGUGUUGCACCGGGCGAUAAGCUGCCUGCAACGACGACCGAUCAACAGAUGCAUAAAAAAGUUACAAUCUCGCAGUACUUUUCGACCACAAACUGCGUCGUGGACUGUGGAAAACAGACGCACCACGGCGUGUGUAAGGACUGUCGCCAGCAGCCCCAGCGAGCGCUGGUGCAUGUGAUGAACAAAGUAAACAAGCUGGAACGGAAACUGGAGCUCACCGAAAAGAUGUGUCGAUCGUGCUGCCAGCGCACGUUUGAAACGGCCUGCAGCUCUUUGGACUGCCCCGUAAUGUUUUCGCUAAAUCGCCGUACGCUGGAACACAAGCAAGUGCAGUACUAUCGGGAUCUGAUCGAGCAGCUGUUCUAGGGAAAUACUAAUCGCCGAACCAAUCGAGCCGUCCAAUCGAGCCGUCCAAUGUCGCAGCAGGUAUUGACAAUAGACCCAACAUUUCUCAAACCGACACGAAGCAGCAGCUGGUGGCGAUUUAGAGACGGAAAGAACAUUAACUUUUAUUUAUCAUUAAACGGCAUUCAUUACAAAGUCGUAUUUUCCUCCCUCCCCUUUGCCAUUAAGGCACAAACGCACAAAAACGACGUGCAUAAGCGUGCUUAAGUCGAUUGCAGCUGAUAGCAGCUGAUAAAAUACAAACAUCGUUCGACGCUUCUUUACUUCUAUACCUGUGGGUAAACGCUAGCACCGGCGAUUGAUUCCUAUGCCAUUGAGUGGCGGCGGGUGUGCUCUCCCGCCUUGCAGAUAACGAAACGUAAUACUUCCUGUGUGUCGUCGUUACCUGAAGCACGCUUCAGCACUCGCUGACUGUGCAGUUACGCUACCGUUAAGGCACAUCGUUCCCAGAAGCGAUGCAAAGUUAGGUGUUGCUAUGACUGGUUCGCAAUACUGUGUACUGGAUUACGGUGACUAGGCGGGUAGGGCAGGAACUCGCGGUAAGAUUAAGUAGCUGCCCGAAUAGUUAUUUCACAGAAGCUCAGCAGUAAAGUCGGCAGUUUGCGUGCAAGAGAAGAUGGUGAUGAUGAUCGAAGUGCUAGGUCACGAUCGAAGAACAGGUGUUUGUCGCGCGUGAUGCUGCUCCAAUCA